AUGAUCCCACUCUUCGCGGCCCUCGCCGCCCUCGCGCUACUGCCUGCGCACCCCACUCCGGGCCAGCGCGGUGCGCCGCUGCACAUAGGCCGCGCCGUCUCUCCGCUCGCGGCGCUCAACCGGAAGCAGCGGAGGCAUCACCUGCAGCCUUCCGGCACGCCGUACCCGACCGCGCACCCAGCCACCAACCUGGAGCCGACGGAGUGCGCCGGCGUCACGGAGGAGCACGCCUUCGAGCAGUACUUCUUCGACGAGGCGACGCGAGCGGCGCUGCUCGACCUCCUCCUCGCGCGCCACUCCCGCCCGCUGCUGCUGUGCGCGCCUUCGCUCGCCGUGGAGGCGGAGGCGCGCGGCGCGCCGUACCUGCUGCUGGACCGGGACGAGCGCUUCGGCUUCCUACGCGGCUUCCGGCCGUUCGACCUCGAGCGGCCAGAGCCGGAGACCGCGGCCGACUUCGCCUUCGACUGCGUGCUGUGCGACCCGCCGGUCAGCAACUUCGAGCUCGCGCGGCUGCGGGAG